UUACAAUCAAGAGUUGACCGGGAAGAUGCCCACUGCUCUCAAGACCCUCUCGACAAAACAAAAGAGGGCUUCUUUCCCAAGUGGUGCUUUUUAAAUUUUUUAUAUAUUGCUGGCUCUGGUAUUGCAGUUGAAGUGUUGCAUGGCUAUGUUUUCAAACCAAAUGACUUCAACUCCCUUCUCGGUGAAAGACAUACUGAACUUGGAACAGAACGAGGAUAUGGUGUCCCUCGAUAUGUCGCCCAGGCUGGACACAGCCCUCCCGACCUCAUCCUGCAUGCUGGCUAAAUUCAAACAGGAGCCUUUCCUAGAGAUGCCAGCCGGAGUUUCUCUCUUUAGCGAAGACGACAAUGACGCUAAAGCCAUCAAGAACACCUCGCUGAACUUCGCCGCUGCCUUUUAUGGGAAGAACUUCUUAGAAAUGGAUAUUGUCAAAGAGGGGAAGACGGACGAGGGAUUUGAUGAAAAAGAGCGAAAAGAUUUAUACCCUUCACAAGAUGAACCAGGGGAAGAAGUUAAACCCGAGGACUCAGACCGCCCCAAACAGAGAAAAAGGCGAAAACCGCGGGUCCUGUUCUCCCAAGCGCAAGUGUACGAGCUGGAACGGCGCUUCAAGCAGCAGAAAUACCUCUCUGCACCCGAGCGAGAUCACCUGGCUAACGUGCUGAAGCUCACCUCAACCCAGGUGAAGAUCUGGUUUCAGAACCGCCGCUAUAAAUGCAAAAGACAACGCCAGGACCAAACGCUGGAGAUGGUAGGAAUUCCUCCACCUAGGCGCAUCUCUGUACCCGUCCUGGUCCGGGAUGGGAAGCCAUGUCUGGGAGACGCAUCAACUUAUAGCACUUCAUAUAACGUGGGCAUUAACCAUUUCACCUACAACACUUAUCCAACUUUUAGUAACUACCCGAGCUCCGGCUGCAACACAAACUAUACAUGCAACUACCCCGCUGCAAGUGCCAUGCCUUCACUCCAGCCCUCAUCCACCAACAGUAACUACAUGAACUUCGGAGUAGGGGAUCUCAACAACGUCCAGAACACAUUUCAGUCCAACAGUGGCGUAUCAUCUCUACAUGGUAUCCGGGCGUGGUGAGACAGACCCGGGGUCGAGUCGCCGGAGAUGCAAGGCCAUUUUCGGCCACGAAAUGACAUUUUACGCAUGCCUUUUUUUGUGACAGCAGUCUAUUCUUCAUAUAUAUCCAUUUAAGUCAGAAAAAAUAUUCAGUAUUAUCUCAAGUGUGUGUUGGAUGAUUUUUUUGUUUAUGAAAGAUAGUGAUAUUGUCCAUUUCCGCUUUCUGUAAUUGGUUGGAGAUGGCUUUGAGGGGGUCUUAUUAAAAUCACAAAUAUAGGAUUAUCGA